AUGAAUGAAAAUAAAACUUGGGAAGUUGACACAUGUCGUGGAUAUUUUAAUAAUGUUUUUUGUGUUAUUUUUCAUGAAAGACAAGAUUUUAUUUUAUCGAAUGUUGAAGAUAAAUCAAUUCGAGUUAGGAAUAUGACAAAAAGAAAUAUUAUUUAUUAUGUUAAAGAAAAAUAUUUACGACGAUUAGAAAUCACAACAUCAAAAGAUAUUCCACUUAUGCAAUUACAAAGUGGUCCACGUGCUCUAUAUUAUUCAAUAUCAUAUAAUCGAGCUGAAAAUUCAAUAUUAUUAACAACACAUGUCACAAAUUCCAGAUGAGAAGUUCAACUACGCUUAUUAGAUAUUGAUCCAACUGAAUAUAAAGUAAUUAAAUUUAUUAUAUUAUUAAAAUAA